AUGGUACAGGUAAGCUCCUUUUGUCUGCACUUCCUCUUCCAACAGUGGUCACCUGUUAGUCUUUCCUCUGUUUACACGGUAUCUAAAUCUUUAUUCUGUUCACGUUCAUUCACUGAUUUAUCUUGUCUCAUCCUAUUGUUGGCCCUUCAAACUUUCUUCCAUCGCAGUUCCUUUACAAUUGCCCUUUUCUUUCUUUUCAUCCUAGUUCCUUCUUAUUCAGCGUGGCUCCUCCUUGUAGCCCCCCUUUCAGCCCAAUACUCUCAUUCCCCACUUUUGUUUUCCUUUUAUCCCAGUUUCCCCCUCUUUUGGCCCUUCAGCUACCUCCCAUCUCAUCUCCCACUCAUUUUCUCUCUUCUUUCUUUCUAUCGUAUUCUCUUCUUAUACAGCCUGGCUCUCAUUUGGCUCCAUCCCGUCUUCCUCUCGUUCACUCUUUCAGCCACCUCAUUCUUUCCAAUUCUUCCAUCCCAACUCUGUCUCAUAAACCUUAUGGUACCGUUCAUCCUGCCUCUUUCGUUUUAUACUUUCAGUUUCAUCUUCAAUCACUCCUGUCAGCCCCGCCCAUUUGUCCUUCUGUCUCAGCUCUCUCUCCUUCAACCCUCUGUCUUGGCGCUGUCUCUUAAGCAUUUUUCUGAUCACUCUUCUUUCAUUUCAGCACUCUUUCAUUCACUCCUUUUCAGCCAAUCCUAUCUCAGAUCUAUUUCAUUCACCUCUUUUCAGCCACUCCUGUCCCAGAGGCAUCUUAGUCACCCCUUUUCAGCCACUCCUAUCUCAGAUCCAUUUCAUUCACUUCUUUUCAGCCAUUCCUAUCCCAAAUCUACCUUAUUCAUUCCUUUUCAGCCACUCCUGUUCCAGAUCCAUUUCAUUCACCUCUCUUCAGCCAUUCCUGUCCCAAAUCUACCUCAUUCAUUCCUUUUCAGCCACUCCUGUUCCAGAUCCAUUUCAUUCACCUCUCUUCAGCCAUUCCUGUCCCAAAUCCACCUUAUUCAUUCCUUUUCAGCCACUCCUGUUCCAGAUCCAUUUCAUUCACCUCUCUUCAGCCAUUCCUGUCCCAAAUCCACCUUAUUCAUUCCUUUUCAGCCACUCCUGUUCCAGAUUCAUUUCAUUCACCUCUUUUCAGCCAUUCCUGUCCCAGAUCCACCCUAUUCAUUCCUUUUUCAGCCACUCUUGUCCUACAUAUUUGCUAUUCAUCAUGCUUUUCAUUUUCUUUUGUUUGUUUUUUUUUAUUUUAAUCCUUCUAAUCCUUUUUCCCCCCAUUUCCUUCUUUUAAUCAUUUUUUUUCUCACUCAUUCUAUCAUUCAGCCGUUUCUAGUUCAUUUCUUCUUUUUCCUUCAUUUUCAUUCUCCUGAAACUCAUUCCCCUGACUGA